AGUUUAUAUAAUUGCGGAACCUAGUUUCUAUCUUAACUUCUAAUCAUGUCUUUGAAGCAGGCUGUUGCCAAAAAAUUAAUGGAUGAAAUAAUUAUCCCUUUGAGAAAGCCUAAAGAUUGGAAAGUUCUGGUUCUGGAUCGAUUAGCUACCAGAAUUGUAUCUUCGUGUUGUAAAAUGCAUGAAAUAAUGAAUAACGGCAUAACAUUGGUCGAAGACAUUUUUAAGAAAAGGGAAGUACUGCCGAUUGAGGCAAUAUACUUGAUCACUCCUACAGAUGAAUCUUUAAAACUUCUAAUGGAGGACUUUCAAGGAUCCCAGAGUCAGUAUCGUUAUGCACACGUCUUUUUCACCGAAGCUUGCCCGGAUGAGUUGUUCAACCGGCUUUGCCAGUCGAAUUCCGCCAUAUUUUUAAAAACGCUUAAAGAAAUCAACAUAGCCUUUCUACCAGUUGAAUCUCGAGUCUUUUCGUUGGAUUCACCCAUGAGCUUUCAAUAUUAUUUCAAUCCAGUAGCCAGACAACAAGGUUCGGGACAACAACUUGAGCGAAUCGCUGAACAGAUUGCAACGUUAUGUGCCACAUUAGGUGAAUAUCCUGUUAUCCGUUACCGCACUCAGUUUGAAAGGAACGCCGAGUUCGCACAGUUAGUUCAACAAAAGCUGGAUGCAUACAAAGCGGACGAUCCUCAAAUGGGCGAGGGUCCACAAAAAGAAAGAAGUCAAUUGAUUUUACUUGACCGAGGAUUCGAUCCUAUCUCACCUAUUUUACAUGAACUCACGUUCCAAGCCAUGGCUUACGACUUACUAGCAAUUGAGAAUGAUGUUUACCGUUACAUCAACACAUCAGGUCCUGAGGAACGUGUUAAAGAAAUUAUUUUGGAUGAAACUGAUGAGCUUUGGUGUGAACUUCGUCACCAACAUAUAGCAGUCGUUUCACAGCAGGUUACUAGCAAAUUGAAAAAGUUUGCUGAAGACAAACGUAUGGUUAACGCAGGCGAUAAAACUACAAUGCGUGAUUUAAGUCAAAUGUUAAAAAAAAUGCCUCAAUAUCAAAAAGAGUUAUCCAUGUAUUCAACACAUUUUCAUUUGGCUGAGGAUUGUAUGCAAACUUAUCAAAAUCAUGCUAAUAAACUAUGUAAGGUCGAACAAGAUUUAGCCAUGGGUACUGAUGCAGAAGGUGAACGAGUCAAAGAUCAUAUGCGUACAAUGGUUCCUAUUUUAAUUGAUCAGUCAGUUUCAGCCUAUGAUAAACUUCGUGUGAUUCUUUUGUAUGUUAUACAACGGGGCGGUAUAAAUGAAGAAAAUCUAGCAAAAUUAGUUCAACAUGCUCAAAUCCCCUCAUCACAGGCGUGUAUUGUACGUAAUUUGAUGCAUUUAGGAGUUCCUGCUAUCCAGGAUGCUUCAGGAGCUGUAAGCGAUUUUUUACUCUAAAAAUAAAGCUUCCACUAAACUUCCCAAUCACCACUUAUAAAUAGUGUGUUAACAUUUUUGUCUAUGCACCUUUUUAAUUACUUGUUUAAGGGAUAGAUUGAUUUGGAUUGUCAACCUAAUAGAUUGGGAAAUGUAGAAAUUUUUAGUAAACUUUGUUCGAAACCACAAAUUGGAUGUCAGCUGCGAAGACUUAUAAUCUCUCGGAAUAAUCAGUUUUAUCCAGUUUAGAUUUCAGUCGGUUCUGCACACUAGCGCACAAGAAAUUAAUUACUUUCUAUGCAGUGAGUGCCCACUGUAUUAUGUCCAGUAUCAUACGCAUUGUCAGAUGUUUAGUAUAACCCGUCCACCAGAUUGAUAAUAAACUAUCAUAAAACAACCUUGGUUAUAUUGUUAGUGUAGGCGUUGGUAUGUUUGGUGUUGUAAAUAGAAAAUUCACAUUUUCGUCAUAUCAUUUAUAUGUUCUCACUUUGAACCUGGCGUAUUUAUCAGUGAUCUAUUUUUUAUGCUAAAGAUGGUGUGAAAAGUUACCAUUCUUUUUAAACCGUUCUUAUUAUUUAUUUAUAUAGUUGACGUCUCUUCACUUUCACAUGAAAUGCCGUGAUAAACAAACGUAAUAAAGAUUGUCCGAAAUGCAUUGGGUGAAUAAACCAUAUUUUUUGAAUCAACUUCACCUUUUCAUUACAUCAUGCGAGUUUAUUUAAGAGAGGACUAACUAAUAUCAAAUUUCUCUAAAUAAACGAUUAUCAUUGUUUAACUUUAAAUAAAAGUGACAUGAAAACAGAUUUUUUGAAGCCCGAUAAUUGAAUUAUUCAUUUGUAAAAGUACAUCUUGUUCAAAAGAAUAUCAUAUAUCUCCUCUGUUUUUGGGGUAAACUUUUCAGGUUGCUUAUGUCAAGGUAAGGUUGCAUACCGUCUCUUAAAACUGAUUUAAACGCAAAUGACUAAACCUACUUGAAAUCCCCUAAAAUUAUGUAACACUAACGGUCUAAUCCCUGCGUUUCUCAUUACGUUUCUACUAGAAACCAAUCAUCUAUUCAAUAUUAUUUCUCUACGAAGAAAAAACUGUUAAGUGUACAAACGAAAUAUGGUAAAAAUUUAAUGUCGUGGUGAUAGUAACCAUACUUUUUCAAUGUUCAAUAAACGUGCAAUAUCCAGCGUUUUCGAGCAUAACAGUUGAAUGCUGUAAGUAAGAACAUCAUUUUCAUUCAGGAUCUCAAACAAGGUCUAACUCACGAUUUUGCCUUUUUUUCAUCCAACAAUUCGAAACACUACAGUAGAUAUAUUUGGAUGGUUUUGGAUGACUAAAUUGAAGUCAUCAGUGAAAAUUACUCUCAUAUAUUCAGCACCAACACACUAAAUAAACUGAAAAAUGCAAGAUUUAUUGAACAUCGAAAAAGCAUGAUUAUCUUCGCCCAAAUGACGUAUCAGAAUAACCUUAUUUUUCAAUUGUUCAGUCUUUUUUUAACCCGUUAACAGUAUAUUCAAGUUAUUUGAUGAAUUUUAUUUGUUAUACCUAAACAGUUAUUGUAAGUGCACAAUAAACUUUAAAAAGGUUUAGCCCAACAUUAAUUCACGUUAUAUCAUGUUCUAAUUUACUGGGUAUAUAUAUUUACGGUACAAAAGGACACUAAAAUAAAUAUGCACCACACAAUAAGAAAAUGAGAUGGCAAAGAGAUAGAAGAUAUAAAGUGAGCAUAAUAAAAAAAAACAAUAAAUGGAUGGAAAUGUGUGAAUGUGAGUAAAAAAUAAUGGGAGAAAGAGUUCAUAUAAAUAGAAUAUAACCAAAAAGAAUUUUCUCAGUCUAGUAAGUUCACUUUUAUAAAGUAAAACAAAAUUACAAUAGAAUCACCAAUCGCUUCUUAUUUUAAACCAUAUAUGAUAACGUCUCAAGCUAUUGAGUUAUACCUUCUGUAAGAUCUUAAUCAAAGAGGAAGUUGUACAAGACCGACAGAUCUCAAUCCUAUACAGCUUUUUUUUCAUCAUUAUACAGUAAUUAACUAAUUUAAAAACUAAAUUCUUUAUGAAACUUCCUUUAAUAAAAUGUUCUAUUCAUCCCUUUUUUUAAAAAAAACAAUUGGUGUUAGAAAUUCUUUUGCUUAUUCUAAUUUUAACAGCUAAGUAGUAUGUAUCAUUAAUUUUCACACUAAAAGACAGUGCCUUAAACCCUUGUGUAUAUAAGCUUUUACUUGAUUAAUAAUUUAUUUUACUAUUCUGUGGGUUAUUUUUUUUGUAUGAAAGAAAACUUUUUAAUAAUCUAGUACUUAGCUACCAUUCUUCUUUAUUCUAAUUUCCUGCUUCGGUUUGGGCACCCGGGCAGUAUCGCAGCCCUCGCAUAAAUCAAAUGAGAUUUGUUUGGCGCAUAUAUAUUUGGUGCCUCUUUGUACCAAUAUCUAUGUGUUCAAAUAAAUAAUUAAUUCUAAUUUAAUUACUCCUUUCAAUAGUAAUAUAUGGUAUCUAUAUGUAAUGUACAUUUUUAGUAUAUAACACAAUUUAUUGAUAUUAAUUUAUAUAACUAUAAAUAAAAUAUUAUAAUUAUAACAAAAUUAUAAACAGU